AUGUGCACUUCUUGCGACAACCCUUGUCAGCCAAACCCUUCUCCUCCUCCGCCGACUCCAUCUCUGCCGCCUCCAACCACCACCGCCUCUCCUCCACCUCCUAGCUCCGGCGGUAGUGGUGGUGGUCCUUACUACUACUACCCACCUCCUCAAUCUGGCUCUUACCAUCCACCGCCGUCUUCCUCAGGCGGUGGUGGCUACUACUACCCGCCGCCGAAAAGUGGAGGAAACUACCCUUAUACGUCGCCGCCGAACCCCAUCGUUCCGUAUUUUCCGUUUUACUACUACAACCCUCCACCACAAUCUAUAAUGUCCGGAUCCGACGCGAAGAUCGGAUUCUCUUACGGAGUUUCUUUUGUCUUAAUUUUAUCUCUUUAUUUCGGUUGCUUUUAG